GUUUGGGGAAAGAGAUGGAACGAGGAAGAAAGAAUUCCUUUUUUGUUAGGGUUUACAUCUGAAAAUUUUCAAAUCUGGACAUAGUCCUUAUUUUUGUGGGUAGAAGGUUUUUAGGGUUCUCUUGGAUCUAGAGGCUCUGAUACCAUAACAACAAAGUUGAGUUUGGGGAAAUGAAACCCUAAAAGUCUUGGGUAUUUCUCAUUCAUAUUUGGGUUUAAAUAGGCAAAAGCUUUGCACUACAAGACAACAUGUGCAAGCUAGCAUUUGGAGACUACAAAGAGAAAACAUAACUCAAACUAAAGUCUAAACAAACAUUGACAUUAAACUAAACUUGAUGAUGAUGAUUUACUCCAAACCUUGUCGAUCCACUUUGACAUUCAUGGACGACGGUUUGAGUUUUGACGAUAACUUGAAAUAUCUCCUGAUCUGAUCUGAUCUUGAACCUCAACUCACCCCGCAACCAAUUCCAUCCCUUUCCCCUCCCACAAUAUAACUCUGCUUUCGCUCGGGGUCGAGCGAUUUUGUAGCUAGAACCCACCAAUCGGAUGAUCGUUUCCUCCUCUAUGGAGGAAGACGAUCGGCCGAUCAUUGGGUUCCCUCUGGGUUUGGUUCUUCUGCUGCUCAUUCUGCUCUCCAUGAGCGCCGUCUUCAUCUGCUGCCUCCGCUGGGACAAUCAUCGUUCAUUUCGGGACGUUCCUGAUGAUGAUGAUGAUGAAGCCCAUGAUUUUCCGCCACUUAAAUCUUCGCCUCUUCAACUGAAAGCGAGCAAGAAUCGAGGGGAGAGCCUGCCGGUGUUGAUGCCGGGAGAGCAAGUGCCCAGAUUCAUAGCCAUGGCUUGCCCCUGCCAGCCGCCGGUUCUGGAGACGAUUCAAGUGGAUUUUGAGAAGCCCAUCAGCACAUUUCCCGUCCCUCCCCUGUUUUAGUAUCUCUUCCAUCGAUAUGGGUUUUGUCGUAUAUAAUCCGACUGUUACCAACAUCUACCUAUCUUCUUAUGUACAGAUAUAUGAUUUUUGGGAUUCAAUUUUCUUCUCAUCUUCGUGUUUGAAGAGCCGUAAGAAUAG